GAAUAAAGAGGGAGAAACUUUUCCCUAAAUAACGACUUUCUCCGUUAUCUCUCUCCUCCGUCGGCCGUCACAACGGUUUGCCGUUGUUAACGGGCGGCGUUUUCAUUCAUUCACUAAACCGGCAAGAUGCUAGGAUAUUUGCUAAACCGUCUACUAGUGUUGUUGCUUGCAUAUGCAUAUCCGGCUUACGAAUGCUUCAAAUCUAUAGAGAAAAAUAAACCAGAUAUUGAACAAAUGCGCUUUUGGUGCCAAUACUGGAUAAUAAUUGCUGCCAUGACCGUUUGGGAUCCAUUUGGUGAUGCAUUUAUUGGAUGGUUCCCCAUGUAUAGUGAAGUAAAGUUGGUAAUUUGCGUAUACUUAUGGUAUCCCAAAACACAGGGAACAAAAUAUAUUUACAACUCGUUCUUGAAACCAUUCUUGUUAAAGCAUGAACCCGAGAUUGACCGUACCCUGUCGCAAUUGAAGACGAGGGCUGGAGACUCCGCAUCUCUUUACUUCCAAAGGGUUGUAGCCUAUGUUCAAAUACGGGUUGUUGAAAUGGUUCAAUUAGUUAUGGCACAAUCUAUGCAAAGACCCCAACCUGCUCCGGAGACCCAAACGGCAUCGGCCAGCAACACGAAGAAAACCGGUGCCAGCACGGCUAAAUGAUCAAUCUGAUACGGAUCAUCGUCUCCACAUGUUAGUCUUCAAGCUGUGAUUUUUUAGGCAUUGUGAGAUUGAUGUAACCUUUUCACUAUAUAUAUGUAUAUUUAUUCCUUAAAAAACUACUGAACUUAUAAAACAAUGUAUAUUUAUAUUCAUAUAAUUCUAGUCUUAAGUGUGUUGACCGGGUGGUCAACAUGUUCACUUA